UAUAGUUUCUCAUAGCAGCAAAGAAGCUCUAUACACCAACCUCAGUACAACCUGAAAUGUCCAGAUAAACAAGCUUGUGGCAGCCCUUCCCUGUGGCAAGGAUCUGGAUGACAAAGUUGUGCAGCUUUUAGAUCAAUGGUGUCUCACAACUCCAGCCAUCUGGGUUCCAUGCUGACCUUUGGUGCUGUCGGAGUAGAGUUUCUACAUUCUUCUUCUGACCACUUCAGUUUCCUCUGAAUGCCUAGCUUCCUCCCAUAUCUCAAAGACUGCCCUGCAAAGAAAAACGUGUUUAAAUCAGUCCAAAGUCAAAAACACUUAAGGCUAUCUUGGCUCUCAAAUUUCACUGGAUUCCUCUGUCCUAUCAAGUCAUCACUUGGUUACAGGGACCAUCUGGAUGUCAGGAUGCAAGUGGUUAGGAUUAUUAUGUUACUCCUUCUUUGUAGAGCAGCUGAGUUCAUGAAAAGAAGAAAUGGCAGCCAAAGAAACAGAGUGAAGAACUGUGGUGAAAAUUGCCUCAGAGACAGAUCCAGUCAUGUCAAAAGAUAUGCUCAGUUCCUCAGAACCAAAUGUAGUGCAAGUCGGUAUGAGAAUGAGAAACUUUUAAAUUGUCAAGAUAAGCAGCUCAUUAUAGUUCCUCGUAAUUUGCCAGUGGAUAUUGUCCAUUUACAGUUAGCAGGAAAUAAAAUUGAAAUGUUAAAGAACUUUACAUUUUCGACAUUAAAAAAAUUGAAGAGCCUUGACUUGCAACGGAAUGCCAUAACAAAUGUUGAAGCAGAUGCUUUUGAUGGCUUGGAUGAACUAGAAACACUAUUGCUACAGCACAAUGAAUUACAAUUUAUCGCAGAGGACAUCUUUAUUCCUAUCCCUAAACUAGAAUACCUGCGUGUCUACGGCAACCCUUGGGAUUGCAGCUGUAAACUAGAACAAGUAAUUAGGAAAUUACAGAUACCUGGCCAACGAAAUCUAGGCAACCUGGCCAAAUGUAAAAGUCCAAAAGAAUUAGUUGGUUAUAAACUGAAGACUGUCAAUGUGAGCUUGCUCUGUUCAAAAGAUCAGCUUCCUGCAGCAAUACUUACUCCUCCUGAUUCCACAGAAUGCAACAUUUACCUUUUUCCAAAGUCAAGAAUAGACUGUCAAAAUAAAGAUUUGGAAAAUGUUCCCAAAAACAUACCUGCUGAAGUACUGGAAAUUGAUCUUUCAAGAAACAAAAUUAAGCGAUUGGAUGCCAGAAAUUUCAUGAAAUUUAAGGAAUUAGAAAUAUUAAAUCUCAGCAACAAUGCAAUAGGUCACAUAAAUCCUGCUGCCUUUGUUGGUCUUCUCCGUCUGAAGGAACUGGAUCUAUCUGGGAAUCUUUUAUGUAACUUUGAAUAUGGAGUCUUGGAGCACCUCUAUUUUAUCGAGAGAUUAGUUCUUACCCAAAACAGAUGGAGGUGUGAUUAUGAGAUCCACUACUUGGCCUAUUGGCUGCAAGUUCACUACACUGUGGAGUUUGAAGGCCUUGAAUGUACAGAGCCCAGUGAAUACAAGGGCUGGACUGUGCAGCGUUACAUUAAAAAAUAUUAUGAGGGUUGCCCCAAAGAAAAGGCAGCAGCAGAUUUUGAUCCUUAUGAUUCUGAUAAGUUAGAAGAGGAAGAAACUAGAAGGAUACUUUGAUAUGUUGAAGUUUUAAAUAUUUCAUGCUUGUCAUUUAAAUAUGAGAUAGAAUAAGUAUACAGUGUAACCAAAUUUCAUACAGGUAUUAGAUAUGUCAAAAUCACUUUGUUCUAGUCUGUAUAGUUUAGUAUAAAAGGAUUCAUAUUACACACAUUCCACCUCAUUCAUGGAAUUUCAAUAAGCUUUUCCUAAGACAGCAUUAGUACUGAGAAAGUUGAUACUUAUAUAUCUUAUUGUAUGGCUGCAUUUCUCAUGAAACUUUGUAAGGUAUCAUAUUCUUUGUUGUAAUUUAGAAAGCUGCAUGUUUGUAGCAUAAUAAAGAAUACACCAGCUAAAGAUAUUAGACUUUCUAGUCAAUAAACACCUUUGAAUGCCUUAUUAUUUUGUGUUGU